UUCGCAGCUCCGAAGAAACAAACAGGAGAGCUCGCAACCAAAUGGAUAAAUAGAUCACAACAAUUCAGGGGAACCCGAGAAGCCCUCCCUCUUUCUCCGUAACCACUGGGCCGUCUCGUAUAUUAUAUCUUUCAGGGGAGUGAAGAUGUCUCCUUUCAGGCACUCGACACGAAUACAUUCGUGCAAGGCAGACAAUCUCCAUCCACAUCGCCAGCCGCCAUCUACUCCGGGUUUUUGGCCCCCUUCUAAAGCUUCUAGGUCCACAACCCAACGCCGUCGAAAAGCUCAUGCUCGACAUCGCACGCCGUCGAAACCAAGAGUAAAUUCUCCGCAAGCGCAGAGAAGAUCAAGAUCACCGGCGUGCCGCGAUUCUGAACUACGGCAAGAGAUGGUAGCUUCCACAGCGGAGGACGUUACCGGCGGCGUGGCCUUGGAUAGCUUCGCGAUCUCAAAAUGACGGACAUUCGAACGGCUCGCUCAACGGAUCUGUCUCCUA